CUAUUAAUACUUACAUCCUUAUUCGGUGUACCUCUUCUCUCAUUCAAGUCUUUAUACCUUUCCCCCUUGAGCUUGGCUUCUUCCUAAUCUGUAACUAACAUAUUGUUUUCUGGCCUCUUCUUCCCCCACUGUGGCUUUGCGACACUUCCUUUUUUAUUUGUGGGCAUGCUCUCGGUUCAGUGAGAUCAUAUGCUACAAAUAAGUGUCCGUACUGAAGCCCAACCCACUACCUAAUGGUUUAUAAUAGAGCAAAAUCUCACGCUGUCGCCAGAGUCGUUACUGUCUGCUAGGAUAGCGACAUGGAACAGGAGAGUUUUCUCAGCGGCGGUGUCGCCUUGGUUCACACUGUGGUCGAAGGCAAGCACUGUUAUGAAGUGGAUAAUGUUUUGACCAGUACGCCUAGUGAUUUUGGCAGGAAAGGGGACAAGCUCCUGAUGAUAAAUGAUGUCGAAACUCAGCAUUUGCCUCCGAAUGUGUUCGCCAUGAUGCUAAGCUCAGGGUCUCCACUCCUGACUUUGCACCGGGCGAGUGUUGAGGCACAGAAGAAAUCCCCAGAGUCUGAAAGCAUGAGACCCUACCACCGGGAAAUGACCGUUUUAGACUUCAGUCUGGCCAUGGUUAGACAAACAUGUCUGGAUAAAGAUGAAGAAAACCCACAGGCGCCAGAAGAGUGUGACGCGGAGAGCGGUGAUAUGGAAGGCGCUUCUUUCACGAACAAGGAAAUUCUGCUCGUGUCCAUGACUAACACAAGUGUAGCGAUUCUGCAAGCACGAGGAUGCGACUCCCAAAACCCCUGCAGCAGCUGUGGUGCCGCAGGGUGCACCCUCAGUGACUUUGUUGUGGCUACUAAGCAGACUAAGGUCACAUCAGCUUACAGAGAAUAUAUUCGAAAACGUUUCGAAAAAGGUCACGUUUUGAUCCAGAGUUUACUGCAAAAGGCCAUCUGUCCUGAAAACAUCCACCAACGAGAACUGCCUUGCAUAAGCAAUGCCACCACAGAGAACAUCACAAUCUACUACUAUAUGUCAAAUGCAGCAGAAGAUUUCGAUAAAGGCGUUCCUGUUGUUUUGAACUUCAGCGGCUCGACCAACUUCCUUAAAUGCGUGUGUGAGAACGGCAGACCAGCUUUGAUCGUUGAGUGCUGCGACAAAAGCAAGCUGCAGUCUAUCUGUAAGGAUGACCCGAGCACGUGGCCUUUUGUCUUCUACCUGAAAACUACAAAGGACAACCACCGUCGCUUUGAGUCGGCUGCGUACAGUGGUUGGUUCAUCCACACCAAACCUUCUGGCUUGGUCUGCGUGGACCAAGGAACAAAUUACAGUGAGAGUACCUUCUACAUCAUCAUCCAGUUAGGAAACAAAUAAAAACAUUUCUUAGAUAUUUAGACCCCUAAACUUGGGUUGUGGGUUUCAGCUACAACAUAUUCACAUUGGUAAGAGGUAUGAUUUCAUGAUCACCAGAAUAAACACAACGGUGCUGAGAUCAUGUGACAUUAAUCAAGCCAAUGAUAUUUUUCUCUCAUUAUAAUUCGUCACACUUGACUUAAAAUGUUACUCAUUUUAAUUACUGUACUUAUUAGUGGCACUAGCCUUCUAGUAAUGUCUUGUAUAUGCGAAGCAAUUUUUGAUCAGUAUUAAAUGCCCACUUUUACUCCGAGCUGAUGUGCAACUUUUAACUGCUAUUGCAGUAUUACGUAAAUAUGUAUCAUAUCACAAUUUAUUGAUUUUUACACACUUUUUUUCACACUCAUUUUUAUAGUAUGUGCUUUUCUUUGAUACAUCUGUUAAAUUGUAUUGUGCACGAGUUUAUUCUGUAUCGUUUCUGAAUGUUCUCGUUAAGAAUGAAGAAUUUAAUGCUCCAAGAAUGUUUUAUGUAAAGUUAAUAAUUGUUGUUUUUGUGCUUCGUGCUUAACGGGCAUUAUUAUUUUUUAUGCUGUUAUAGUAGUGAAAAGUGUUUUAUACCAAUAUCUAUAGUACUAUUGAAUAUUUAUAUCUACUGUAUUCACACAAUACAUGAUAACGAUCAUCAUGUCAACUAUCUAACUCUGCAGUUUUGUACACAUUAAUGUUUAUGGCUUUCACAUAAUAAAGAAACGUAUAAGUGUGUUUUCAGUA